GCCCGGCAACGGCCAAGAGCACGGAGAAAGGCCAAGGAAAGGGCAAAAGCGCCGGCCUUCCGCCGGACAAAGGCGGCGACAGUGCAGUUUUGCAGAUCAGAGGCAAAUCAGAGGGCGUGCAGCCUUCAGACGGUGACGGCAAAGGAAAGGUGUGGAUCAAGAAGAGUGCCAUUGUGAAGGAGGAGAGCAACGGGAGGACGGGCCUGAGUGCCCACGCCAAGGAGUUCACUCCCUUCGCAACAGAGCUCAAGCCUAGCCGAUCAGCCAUCAAUGCCGAAGCGCCGGCAUUUGUACCUCAGCUUGAGGUCUCCAAGUAUCCCAACGAAGCGCCGGACCUCUACAUGGAGGCCGAGGCGGUCUUCGGAUAUCCGGAACAUGGCGAACAGCUCGACCACUUUCAGGAUCCAGGAUGGUCCUAUCCAGUCUUUUGGCCCAGUGACAGCCAGGUGCCCAGCGCCGAGUCUGAUUUUCCGGAGGUUGUCCCUGGGGCGCGCGAAGGCGAGUUCGUUGGGCUUCAGAGCAUCGCCGAGAUGGGCGAGUGGGUCGUCUUCCGUGAGAAGAAGCCGAAAGCCAGGCCUUUCUUCUGGAACAUGUCCACCGGCGAGAAGUCCUGGGAAGCCCCUGUGAUCCUGCAGGAGCUUGGGGUGGCAGACACGCUGCUAAAGUGGUCGGAGGACCCUUGCACAGAUUUCGGCCAACAAAUCGGCCCGAUCCCCUAUUCCCACGUCAAGUCCGACAGACAUGUGCCAGAGAUUGCUAGAACCAGUGCAGACUUCGUGUCAAACUCCGUUCAUGGGGUCCCAGGUGUUGCCAGAAUCGGGUCUUGGGUCGGCUCAGUCGUGCUGACUGGCCAGGGGCCAGCAGACAUUGCUCAGACUGUGACGCCGAAGGACCUUGGCGAGACAGGCUCUGGCCUCAGCCUCGUUGGGUCCCAGGCUGAGAUCCUGGAAGGCAGCCAGAGACCACAAAAUGUCUUUCCAGGAGAUCCAAAGAUUCAGUGGGUUGACGGCAAGACGCCGACGUUCAUCUUGAAGCACAACAGCAAGGCCGGAGGAACCUUCUCUCGCGUGCUGCUCAAAGCAGUUUUCAAGAAUCGAACACAUCUCCAAUACAUCGACGACGACAACAUCUUGCCUCCGAACGCCACAAAGUUCCACUUCGUAGCAGUGUUGAUGAGGAAUCCCUGUGCCUGGUACGUGGCCUGGGCCAACGAGUGCCCGACCAAGGCAUAUGACUUCCGCCGACCAACUUUUGGUCCGAAUCCGUUUCAGCCAAUGGGUUAUCUCGAACGCCACACGACGCAGCAGGAGUUUCAGAACUUUGUACUGAACACUCGAUCCCCAGAUGGGAUUGGCGUCAUCGGCUUCUACUUGUGGCAAUCGAUAAUCGCGCCGGUAUGCCACUUGUGGCACCAGAGGCUAGCGGAGGGCAAGAAAACGUAUGAAGGGGCAACACCAGAGAGGUGCAACAGCACUGAUCGUAUCCGACAAGACCUUGCGGCCGCUGACCCGCGAAAGCUAGCGCACUGCUGGAUCUUUCAGGAGACGUUGAUGGAUGACCUGCGGGAGUGCUUACUUGCUUACGAGCAGCUGAUCCUUCCGGGUGCGAUCGAUUGGGAUUUGUUCAACUCAGCUGCUGCAAACAAAAGCGGGGAGGGACUUUUCUUCGAUCGUGCCUGGAGCGUUGCACGGUGGGCGGCACCGUCGCUGCAGAUCCGCCGACACAAGCCCUGUGCAGAGCACUUCCAGGAUCCUGCUAUGACACGAAUCGUGCGCGCUGCGGACCCGUUCCUCUUUGAAAAGUUCGGCUAUGGUCAGUGCUGUACUCCAAGUUCGCACAGGAUCUGGUAG